UGAGCGCUGCUCCACCAUUCUUGUCUGGUCUCCUGCGGCUGACGCGUGGUCUUGUUGGGAGGAUGUCUGGUGUCUUCACCGUUGUAUUCUCGUUGUACAGUACACUCUACGUAUCAUGAUGUCAUGACAUUCGCUAUGUCUUUGGUGCUCUUAUACUGCGAGUGCAACGUUGGCGCAGUACGAUCGAGCGCGACCGAGUUCUUCGACGGCGACAGUCGCUCCUCCAUAUCUCAUGUUGAAUGCGUGGUACGGUUGCGAUACCGUCUCAUCCUCCGGAUCCAGUGGCGCGCCACAGUAACCAUCCGCGUUAGUCCUCGCCCUCAACGUUGCACAACCCUUCUUCCGUUCCGUGCGUGCGGCGCGAGUGAAUGACAGACAGCUCAAAGUAGGCGAGGGGCCGAGGUCAUGUGUGACAGGUACGUCGAGCCGAGGGUCAAGGAUGGGGCUUCUGUGGACUCUGACAGAGUGCCAG